AUGUCUUCGAGAUAUAGUGACAAUGGGUCAUCUUCAUCUCAAGAGGCAAGAGCGAUGGAGAGAGCACCAUUGAUGGCUCCACAUCCACCAAAAGCCAAUCAACUGAGUAUAAGGACUACAAGCAACAAUGCUCGUAACAUCAAUAUAAUGGUGCUCACUGUGUUCCUCUCCUCUAUUGGUUUCACUCUGAUGAUGCCAUCAAUGUAUGGUUACUUGAACUCUGUGAAUCCGAAAUAUGGAGAUAGAUACAAUGGAUGGGCAACAGCUAUAUACAGUUUUGGACAGUUUGUGGCAUCGCCAGUGUUUGGAUACUGGGGAAAUAGACGACCAACGAUUGAACCAGUGGUCUUCUCAUUGGUGAUUGCAUUGAUUGGAAAUGCACUGUAUGCCACAUGUUCAUCGUUUGGACAAGCAUUCAUCCCAAUGAUCUUCCUCGCAAGAUUCCUCGUUGGUGUCGGUGCUGGCAAUGUCGCAGUAUGUCGAGCGUUCGCCUCUGAGAAGUCAGACAUCUCCAACAAGACCCAGGUCAUGGGUAAGAUGUCUGGUGCACAAGGUGCUGGCUUUGUACUUGGACCAGCAUUGGGAUUCGGACUUACAUAUGUCCACUUCUAUAUUGGUAGUCUCCCAGUUAGUAAAUUCACAUCGCCAGGCUACGUGUCUGUAUUGCUUGGAAUCGUCAACAUCAUAUUUGUGGUCAUCUUCUUCAGAGAUCAACCAAGUUCAGUGACUCCAAUCAGCUCGCCAGUUGUACAAUCGAUCAACAGUGUACAAGACGAGGAGGUUGUUGCGAUCAAGAAACCUGAGGGACCUGAGGAGGACCGUCUGGCGGUGUACAUCUCGAUUUACCUGUUCGCCGUCGUCAUCUCGAUCUUUGCCGUGUUUGAAUCAAUCAUGGCGAUGAUGACCGACAAGUACUAUGGCUGGGGUCCACGCGCCAAUGGUCUGCUGAUGGGCUGCUCCGGUGUGCUGAGUCUUGUCGUGUUCUUUGCCAUCUCUACUCCACUCAUCAAGAAGUUCCAAGAUCGCAAGAUGGCACUCUUUGGCUUCUUCAACCUCUUUAUCGCACUUCUCUUCCUGGCAUCCUACGACAAUGGACCCUUCAACUGGGAGAAGGGAUUGCCCAAGUGGCAACUCUUUAUUGGUGCAGUGUUCGUCUCGAUUGGAUAUCCUAUCUCGUCUUCAAUGAUGUACGCUAUCUUUGCCAAGAUUCUCAGUCCAAAGCAACAGGGAACAAAGAUGGGAUGGUUGACAUCGGGUGGUUCGUUGGCUAGAAUGCUCGGUCCACUGUGGGCCACAGCGUUGUUUGUCGACGUCGCCGAUGAUGUCCUGUACCUGACGUGUGCAGGCCUCACUGCCUCUGCCUUUAUCGUGCUAUGCAUAUUCUACAAGCGACUGGCGCCACAUUCCGACUACAUCAAUGCACAGAUACAGAAAGAUCAACAGCAACAACAACAGGAUGAUAUGUCACACGAUGAUGAUUAUAACGAUUAUAUUGAGAAUUACAAUACUACACCACAUGGCGGAUCAAUCUAUGUCCGUGACGAUGACCUUUCGAUAUCACAGUAA